CGCGUCUGGGCGGUGUGGUCAUGGAAGGAAUUGAGUAACGUGACACUCCCAGUGCGAGGGCAGUUUGAGCAGCUGAAACUGCUGGCUGUAGGUCACCUGCUGAGUGUGGUUGGACUCCAGUUCAGUACGGAGCUCCUCCUGGUCCUGACUCUGACUGGACAUAUCAUCUGGAGGUGUACAGGGUUUGCCCAGCAACACUCUCCCAUGGUCCCUCCUUACACCGAGCUACUCUGUCUCAGUGAGGAAGACUGGCUGAGUGACAUCACUACUCCCUGUCCGACUCAUCGGCGAACUCUGACCUUUUGGAACAAGACCAACCGAAGCCUGGAGGCUGUACUUCUGGGGGAGGAGCCUGUUGCCAAUGACAACCAAUCUCCCAUUCUUUCAUCGAGCAAUCUUUGUCUUCCAAAAGUUCUCUGCCUUCUUCCGGACGUUGUACUCCUGGAGGAUGUCCACCACUCC